AUGGCUUCUGCCACCCCACUGCAUCCUUCUACCAAGGAGACCUCUAAUUAUGCCCAGCUCUGUCGCCUUCUUGUUAAAGUUGGAUCACUUGUGCUAAGGGAGAUCUUUGACCGGGUAUGUCCACCAGAAAACCUACAUGCAGUUCUGACUAAUCCCACAAACCAUGCCAAAUUGCAAACACUGCGAAAGAAGAGAGUCCUGAGUACUUCCCAGUGGGAGAAACUGUAUCCUGCUUCCAAAUCUUCAGUUUCCUCAAAGGACUUUAACACCUCCCUACUGCUAAUUCUUCUGAAGAAUAUCUGGGGUCUUACUCUCCCUGCCUCUGACAGGAAUAACCUUCCUUCAGGAUCAGACACCUCUCCAGAAGCUGGCAUCACUCGCAUCAAGUUUUUCAGGGACAGAGUUUUCAGUCAUGCUGGUAAUGCUUCAGUUGAUGAUCCAACUUUUAGUUUGUACUGGAACAACAUCAAAGACACCUUUGUGCGUAUUGGAGGGACCUGCUAUGAGGAAGUCAUAGAUGAUUUUACACUCCAUUGUAUGGAUGUUGAUCUUGAAGAACACUACCAAGAGCUUCUGAGAGAGUGGUUGAAAGACGAUGACUGCGUCACAGACAAAUUGCAUGAAGACAAAAUUGUAAAAAAGGCCAGGAAAGGAGGCGACAUGGAGGAUUCCUUUGACAUUUCUGAACAAAAUUCAUGGGAGAGAGGUGUGUGUAAUUUUUUGAAAACCUGAGUUUUAAACUAACUUUUUAGAGUCAAUAAUGUACAGUUAGUCGUACUAGAUCGUUUAAAAGUCACAUCUAUGUGUAAUUAAAGUUGUGAAUCUUUAUUCCCUUGAUACAUCGACUGUAUCCAUAAUUUGCUUUCUUUCUUCAUCUUUCUUAUCUUUUGGUUUCCAUUUGGAUAAGCUAUUUAAUUGUUACAUACAAAUGUUUAAAAAAAAAACUACAACCUUCUUUUUCAGACACCGUACCAAUGCCUGGGGAAAAUACAUCAGCGCAGACUAGCAAUAGCAGCCUGCCAGAGCUCAGAGUGAAACUUCCAGAGUUGAGUGAUCUUCCAAAAAUCUGUAAUCCCUGGGAAACUGUUGAACUUCCUGUUGAUAUUCUUUUAUUAACAGUGGAAGACUGUGAGUUCUUAAGCUGCUUUGCCUACCUGAAGAAACCCUUUAAGAGUUACCACAACAGUACUGGCCCUGUGUACUUUGGGUGCAUGGGUGAUGAUAAAGGAAAGGAAAUGAAAAUCGCAUUGACGAGGUGCUCCAAAGGUCCUGAUGUUCCUGGGGGUUCCUUGUCUGUUUCAAAAGAUGCCAUCUUGCUACUGAGACCCAAGGCUAUUUUUUCUGUUGGUGCCUGCAGUGGUUUGAACAGCAAAAAGGUCAAGUUAGGAGAUGUGGUUGUUUCAGCAAAGCUGAUAACAGCUGCAUACAAAACUCCCCCCAGCAGAGAUAUUGGAAACCUGAUCAAACAUGUGGCUGAUGGGUGGAAGGCACCUUUACAAAAUGCUGAUAAAUAUAACGCCAAAGUGCAUUGUGAUGGAGUGGUUCUGAGUAUCUCAGAGGCAAACAGAGAUAUGAUUAGGAAACAUCCUGAAGCAAUUGCAGUUGAAAUGGAAGGUGGAGGUGAGAAUCAUAAUAAUUCAAAUAAUUGAUGAGCCAAGCACUUUUGCACUUGAAGGAAGUGUUUUGGAAAACACUGCUCUGGUAUUGUCUCUGCUGGUCCAGGAAAUAGCAUGUAUCACAUAGCAUGUCAAAUUUGCAGGAAUUAUAUAUUGCAUAAGAAUAGUGAUUUUGUGUUUGGCUGGGGUAGGAAGAUUUUUUUACAGGUGAAGGUGACUGAAUACUUUUUCUGGCUAAAUUGAGUGUGCUCCUUCAGAAUGUCAUGUAUUGUCUUAAAUUUUUCAUCUGAAAAAUGUAGAAAGUAUUUUGUUGAGUAGUUUGAGAGUUGAGGAAAGGUAUCACAGUCCCUGUUAACACUUAAACUCCCAUGAGUGACCAAGACAGAGUUUCUCCUUACAGUAUCAACAUGAUACCAAGCAGAUAAGUAAUGGGAAAAUAAAAAAGAGUCAACUAGAGGAUUAGUGGUUGAUCCAAAACCAAAUCCUCCUAACCAACAUCAUAGGAAUUGUAUAAUAGACAUUAACCCUUUCACUCCCAAGAUCUCAUUAGCAGUUCUCCUUAAAUGAUUCUCAUUGUGUUAGUUUGGAGAAUUUGGUAUCAGAUUAAUUAAUAAUCCCAUAAUUGACAUGUUUCUUUAUUCUCAUCACUUGUCUGCAUGAUAUUAUAUCGAUAUAGUAAGGAAAAAUCCUGUCUUGGUCACUCACGGGAGUGAAAGGGUUAACUCUAUCUGGCAGAAGUUUGUCUUUUGAGAAAUGUUGAAAGUUACCUAUGAAACAAGGUGAAGCCUGAAGAAUAAUUUUACAGUCUCAGUGUACAAUUUUUUUUAAAUUACUGGUUGAAAAAAAUUUGAUUUCGGAACUAACUAACGUUUUCCUUCAAUAUGCAUGUUUACAAACAGCUAGAGUGUGAAUCUUCGUUAGCUUUGAUUGAACAAAUAUUUUUAGGAUGCAAAGAAAAUAAGCUUAAUAUAUAGUUAACAGACAUGUGUGUGUUUUUUUCAGGAGUGUAUGCAGCAGCUCAUGAUUUUAAGAUAGAAUGGGUGGUAGUCAAGGGCAUCAAAGACUUUGCAGAUGAAACGCAGUCUUCAAGUAAGAAAUGGAAAAAAAUUGCCAGUGUGAUGGCAGCAUCUGUCGUGGCCAACAUUUUGAAUGAUCCAGUCAUAUUCCAAGAUUGGCCUCACUUUAAUGCAGGUAUUGCUUCCUGUCUCAAUGUUCUCUUUUUACAAGGAUAGGUCUGACUAAGAUCUAAGUUCCCUCGGCAUAUUCUUGUAUGGAUUAUAAAUCAAGACGAUUUAUUCAGUAAUAUUUCACAAAUAGGAAAUUAAGUUACCCUUAGAGUUUACAUACCUGUAGGUUUAACAAGGCCUCCUAAGGUGGUGGGAGAAAAAACUUAUGUUUAAAUUGAGAGAUGUAAUUGAUGAAUAAAAAUUCACUCCAUGAGCCAGGUGAACUGGCCUGCAUGUAUUCCAUACAGUAGUUAGCGUGGUUUAUGUAACACAACCAAAAUAUGGAAAAUUCAGAGGUUAAUGACAUCUACCAAUGAAAGUGAUGUGAAGUGAUUUGAUAUAUGUUCUGGACCAGUAAACAACACAGGGACUUUAUGGUGAGCUGGGCCCCUUACGAAGUUUAGAUAUGACACGCGUCCUGCAUGCUGCUAGGAUCAGCAAUGUUGAUAGCGGCAUGUUUUUAAAUGGUAUAAGAAAGAAGGUAAAUCUUGAGCUCCGUAAAAGAAAUAGAGAAAUGUUUUUUGUCUUGUCACGAGCGUGGAAAAAAGAUGACAAAACCAAAGAGAAAGAGAAAAAAAAUCCAGAUAGUUACCAAUGAGACCGUGGGAGUGGAAAGGUUUAUAAAUGUUAUGUAAAAAAACAAACAAAGAAACGUGAGAUGUGAGGUAGGAAAUAUUGUGGAAAAUUGAAUACGAUGAUGGCUCGACAACAGGAAACAAAGGAUCGAGGUAAGUUUUCGAUGAAACUCCAUCUUGCCAGCUUAAUCUCGGAUCAAAAAUAGAUAAUGUUUUGCCAUGAGAUUUAUCAAUCCUUAACACAUAUCUUUGUCAGUGUUUAACCCUUGGUUGGGCAUUAUUUGUACCUGAGAAGACAUUUAAUCGUUUCAAAUAGGGUUUAGACCCAAUUUAUAAGAGAAAGCCUUCACUUAUGAAACCCUAAAAUAUGUUUUACCCUCAGAUAAACUGACGAAUGACUUUGACUGGAUGAGAACUGAAGUUGGAAACCUACGUGAUAAGCUGGACACUCUAAUGACACGACAACAUGACGCACAAGAUCAAGGUGAAUUCUAGAUGCCAUUUCUUAAGUCACUUUUCCAUUAAAAGUAACUUUGAAUUCAGUGAAGUAUGAGAGGAGUUUCAAAAUUUUCUAAUCUGUCAACUGUCAUAGCGCUGUAAGGUGCAUAUUGCCGUGUGCCCUUUGAUCAUUUUAAUGGUAAAUGAAAAUGUAGCAUAUACGCAUUAAAUAUGAAUAAAAACUUGUUUCAGAUAUUUCUAUUAAAGUAAAGAAAGACUUGGACUUCUUUCAGACAAUAUGCGUUUUCAACUUUAGAAAAAAUGACAUAUGACAUUGAUCAGAUGAGAAGUGAAGUUGGAAACAUACAUGACAAGUUGGAGAGUUUAAUGAUGGCCCGACAAGAGGAAACGCAGCUUCAAGGUCAGUCCCUAUGGCAGCUAUGAAUUCAAAAGCGAUUCAUCUAUUGAACUGCUGAACUUUGGGAGAGUUAUUUUUAAGUGAGUGUUCACCGGAAGAACGUUGCAUUUUUUGAUUGAGCAACAUUAAAGCAGAUUAAAUAAUGCUAAAAAUGCGAUGAAUAAUGCUAAAUUUUCAUUGAAAAUAGACCUAUGCUUUGUGCGUAAAAAAAGGUGCUCUUUAGAAGAAUUUGCAACAAGACCUCUCAUCGCCGUCUGUGUAACCGGCGGGGCUGUUGUGUUUCGGUUUUGCCUCACAGCUCUUUUCAGGGCACAGCCGCCUAUUAAGCCAUCGUCACUCGCUAAUAGAAAUAGUCACCGAAACCUUUGCCAAAGGCAUUUGACAUCUUGCAAUAGAGCUGAGAAUUAAUCUUUCUCCUUAGCAAUAACUUUAAGGUGUUUUUGAAAACUUUAUUGUUUUAAAUAUAUACGCGAUCUAUUUUACGCGAUCUAUUUUAAACGAAGUGGCUAUCAGUUGACGCUUCUGCUCAGCUAAUAAUAUUGAAAUGCUCAUCCUCAGGGGACAUCAAAAACGACCUUGAUCAAAUCAAAAUUGAUGUUGGAAACGUGAGUCACAGGUUGGACGAUUUGGCGGCACAACAAAGAACAACUGAGCAGCAAGGUGCGUACUGCGCUAACUAACUAACUAACGGAAUACGGGCUCGAGUUAUUUUUUGAGGGCGAAGCUUGAAUCAACUAUCGCGCAUGAAAUUGAGAGCGAAAAACUCAAUAGUUUAAUUUAAAUCUAAAAGUCACUCAAGACUUGGAAGAAAGGUAGGCUCGUGUUUUUAUUGAAUUUUAAUACAAAUGGGGGAUCCCUUUAAAAUCAGAAGUUAUCAUAUGACAGUUGAUAAUCAGUUUUAUUACACAUUAAACUUACCAUGGAAAAACUGAUUAGUCGAGAGCAUUUAAUUGAUAUACAAUUAACAAUUGGUUCACACGUCAGCGUGCGUUCCUCGAGAUAUGAAGCACGCUUGAAGUUUGGAGAGCACAAAAGAUGCGUAAGAGUUGCUCGAGGUGAAGCCGAAAUGUUUUAAAAGGGUUAAUAUUCCCUCUGCUUCGCUUCAGCGCGUUGAUGAUUUUGUUUCAGGAAAAAAAUUUCGCUACGCUGUAAACGAUCUUAUCUUAGAUUGGUCAAAAAAUGACAGGUGACAUGAUUCAUGCGUGUAAAUGAACUUUGUUGUAUAAUUGAAUACAAAAGUAAAACUGAUCGCGGAAAAAUUUUUUUUCUCGAGGGAUUUGUUUGCGACGUCAUGAGCGUGCACAAUAGGAAUAUGAAGCACGCUUUCGCAAUUGAAUUUAAUUAGACAAAUUCACUUGCUGUUAUAAUAGCGUAUGAAAUUGACAUGAUAACCUGUUAUCUGCAGCGAAUAUUGAUCAUGAGAAAUGUUUUAUUUUUUAGUUGUUUUAAAAAUGUAUAACCAAACAAUGAUUGAAUUCCGUUUCUCCAUAAUAUCAUGAGUUAUGAGACUUCACGUCAGUGUUAUAAGCCUCAGCCUUCGGCUAAACAUCAUCCUGUAAUUGCUUACUUUUCCGAGAGUCAUGGCGUUAUAUGGCGUAUCGCCUAGAAUGCCUAAAAAACUAAUAGCCGAUACUUUUUCAGAUGGAUUUGACCCAACUGAAAUUAUUGAUAACAUUCGUCAACUCUACAAAAAGCGGGAAGGUUGGCUGGCACCGUUUCCCUGGUGUGAAGACUUCCACUUCUCCUUUGACAAGAUCUACACCAGACUGAAAGUCAUCUAUAGAGAGAAAACGAGAGGAACCGCAACAGACCGAGUUGUCACGAUGUCUGAAAUCUUCAACCGGCACGAAGAAUGUGAAGAACCAAGAGUAGUGUUAAUUGAAGGGAAGCCUGGUAUGGGAAAGACCACUUACUGUAAGAAAGUUGUUUUCGACUGGGCCACAGAAAAACACACAACCGGAAAUUGCUUCACAAACUUCGUAAUAGUGCUUUUGAUCAAAUGUCGUGAUGUUGAGUCUGGCCUUUGGGAGGCCAUUGAAGAUCAACUUCUGCCUCGAGAAGUUGGUGAAGACGAACGCGAGAGAUUCUUCGACUUCAUUCGCCACAACCAAUCUAAUGUUCUUCUAAUACUCGAUGGAUUGGAUGAAGUUUCUGAGAAGAAGCUACCUAUGUUUUCAGAAAUUAUUCAAGGCCGAGUACUGCCAAACUGUCGCGUGGUCGCUACGGCACGACACGAAGCUGGAGUCAAAGUUCGAAAAUAUUGCGACACGCUGUUAGAGGUUGAUGGAUUUACCGAAGAAGAUGUACAGUCCUUCGUCAAAAAGUACUUCGAAGCCAAACCAAAAUUGGCCGAGCAGCUUAUCGCACACCUACUUGCUGAUUACAAGUUAUAUGAAAUUGUGACGAAUCCUCUCAACACUGCGCUUCUUUGCCUGGUCUAUGAAGAUUUGAAAGGUGUAUUUCCUGAAAGCAGAACGAAGCUGUACAUGGAAAUAGUGGAGUGUGUACUAAGAAGGUACAGAACAAAGCAGCAACUACCAGAGAACGGUGAAGACCUUGUUGACCUUUACGAAAGCCAGUUGAAACACCUUGGUUCGAUAGCUUUGAAAGGUUUACUUGAAGACAACUUGGAUUUUGACGAGAAGGAGCUUGGAAAACACAAAGCAAGCGAUUUACCUGGAUUUGGAUUUCUGUCAGUUCAGCCUGGAGGCAGUAAACUAAGACCAACUAGACGUUAUAGCUUUCUUCACAAGACUUUCCAAGAAUUCUUUGCAGCAUUCUAUCUCAGUUGUCAGCUUAUCAAGGAAGAAAUCAGCGCGAACAGUAUUGCUGCUGACAGAAAAUAUCGCCAUGAGCUGAAAGAAGUGCUUCUGUUUGCAUUUGGUAUGCUAGCAGCACGAUGCGAGGAAACAGUGGUGAACCUUCUGAAAAGCAUAGCAACACAGUUAGACCAGGAUGAAGGGAAAGGCCUGCCUACUUUAUUAAAGUGUGUUUGUGAAUGCAAAAAGCAGAACAAAAAUGUUGAUGAAAAAUUGGCUACCGCUCUUGGCGUUUCUCUUCAAAUCAAAACUGUUGUUAUUUCAAAGGUAAGAGAAUAUAAAGAAUUAGCUGUCGUUUUAAGCAACUUUCUGAUAACAAAUACAACAGUGACCUUUUUAUUAUUGAGUGACGUUUUGCAAGAUGGGGCUGUCGCUCUGGCAGAGUGUUUUAAAUAUAAUACAUCGCUGAAAAAGUUGUAUUUGGUUGAUAGUAAAAUUGGUUAUGAUGGUGCUGCUGCUCUGAGUGAGGGUUUGAAAAAUAACAAAUCGCUGACAACGUUGGGUUUGAAAAGAACUAUAAUUGGUGAUGAUGGUGCUGCUGCUCUGGGUGAGUGUUUGAAAUAUAACGAAUCGCUGACAACGUUGAAUUUGGAUCAUAAUAAAAUUGGUGAUGAUGGUGCUGCUGCUCUGGGUGAGUGUUUGAAAUAUAGCAAAUCGCUGACAACGUUGAAUUUGGAUCAUAAUAAAAUUGGUGAUGAUGGUGCUGCUGCUCUGGCAGAGUGUUUGAAAUAUAAUGCAUUGCAGACAGAUAUGUAUUUGAGUAAUAAUGAAAUUGGUGAUGAUGGUGCUGCUGCUCUGGCAGAGUGUUUGCAAUAUAACAAAUGGCUGACAACGUUGGAGUUGGAUCAUAAUAAAAUUGGUGAUGAUGGUGCUGCUGCUCUGGGUGAGUGUUUGAAAUAUAACAAAUCGCUGACAACGUUGAAUUUGGAUCAUAAUAAAAUUGGUGAUGAUGGUGCUGCUGCUCUGGCAGAGUGUUUGGAAUAUGAUGCAUUGGAGAUAGAGUUGGAUUUGAGUAGUAAUGAAAUUGGUGAUGAUGGUGCUGCUGCUCUGGCAGAGUGUUUGAAAUAUAAUGCAUCGCUGACACAGUUGAAAUUGGAUGGAAAUGAAAUUGGUGAUGAUGGUGCUGCUGCUCUGGCAGAGUGUUUGAAAUAUAAUGCAUCGCUGACAGAGUUGAAAUUGUUUGGAAAUGAAAUUAGUGAGGAUGGUGCUGCUGCUCUGGCAGAGUGUUUGAAAUAUAAUGCAUCGCUGACAGAGUUGGAUUUGAGGAGUAAUGAAAUUGGUGAUGAUGGUGCUGCUGCUCUGGCAGAGUGUUUGAAAUAUAAUGCAUCGCUGACAGAGUUGAAUUUGGAUGGUAAUAGCAUUGGUGGUGAUGGUGCCGCUGCUCUGGGUGAGUGUUUGAAACAUAAUACAUCAUUGGGAUUUUUGGGUUUGGAUGAUAAUAAAAUUGGUGAUGAUGGUGCUGCUGCUCUGGGUGAGUGUUUGAAAUAUAACGAAGGGGUGCAAGUUAAAAUUUAAAAGAAAUUAAAUUGGUUAUGAUGGUGCUGCUGCUCUGGGUGAAUGUUUGAAAUAUAAUACGUCGCUGACACAGUUGGGAUUGAAUAGUAAUGAAAUUGGUGAUGAUGGUGCUGCUGCUUUGGGUGAGUGUUUGAAAUAUAGUACAUCGUGGGUUUGAGUGAUAAUAAAACUGGUGGUGAUGAUGCUGCUGCUUUGGCAGAGUGUUUGAAAUAUAAUACAUCGCUGACACGCUUGGAUUUGAGUAGCAAUGAAAUUGGUGAUGCUGGUGCUGGUGCUCUGGGUAAG